UGUGUGUGUGUGAGUGUGUGACAGAUGGGGUCAGUGCGAAAAUCCUCUUAGCAACUUUCUGCUGAUGGAGGUUCAUUGAGUGAAGCUCCAAACUUUCGCAGUGUAGCGAGGCCUUUGUUGGAGACAGAUUCAGGAUACGGACAUGUCUACGGAAAAGAAGCCCAAGAAGAAGAAGCCCGAGUCCACUCCAGUAGAGACCAACGGAAGCGAAGCCAAACCCAAAAAGCCCAAGAGCAAGAAGAGCGCAGAUCUGUCGGCCGAGAGCAGCCCAGCCACUCAGAAUGGAGAGAAGGUGAAGAAGAAGAAACUAGAGAAGGAAAAAGAAUCAACAGAGAAGGAGAAAGAAUUCAAAAAGAAAGCAAAAAGUGCCCCAAAGAAGAAGAAGAGUUUAACAGAAGAUGAUGACGAUGAUGAAGAGGACGAUGGAGAAACCACUCCUCAGAAGAAGACAAAGAAAAAGACUUCAAAAGAAAGUUCUGAUGGAAAAUUAAAAGACAAGGAAAAAGACAAGAAGUCCAAAUCAAAAGACAUCAAAGAGGACGCAGACAGUAAAGGAAAAUCUAAAGCCAAGAAAAAGGAGCCGGCGUCCAUGUUUCAGAUAAAUGGAGACAAGCCUGAAACCAAGAGUAAAAAGAAAGCUGCCAAAUCUGAGAGUGAAGAUGAGAGCGAACCAGAAACCAAAAGCAGCAAGACGAAGAAGAAGAGCAGCUCAAACCCAUCGUCCAUGUUUCAGACAGGAGGGGACAAAGACAAGGACAAAAAGACAAAAAAGACCAAAAAUCCUGCUAAAGCAGACGAGACUGAAGACUCUGAUUCAGAAGUGACACAGAAAAAGAAAAAGGGCAAAGGGAAAAAAGGCAAAAAGGAGGAGCGAGCACCUUCUCCUGUCAUCGAGUUUGACAAUCUGGAGGAGUUUGUACUUCAACCCGCUCAACAAGGCGUCACGGUAAAGUGCAAAGUGACCCGGGACAAGAGAGGGAUGGACCGAGGCCUUUACCCAACUUACUACCUGCACCUGGACAAUGAGAAGAAAGUGUUUUUGUUAGCGGGAAGGAAGAGGAAAAAAAGCACAACCUCAAAUUACUUGAUCUCCAUAGACCCCACCGACCUCUCCAGAGGAGGAGAAAACUUCAUUGGGAAGCUGAGGUCAAAUCUGAUGGGAACUAAGUUCACGGUGUUCGAUAAUGCACUGCAUCCGGACCGAGCUCUGCCGGACAUGUCUAACGCUCGGCAGGAAUUGGCAGCCAUUAUCUAUGAAACAAAUGUUUUGGGCAUGAAAGGACCGAGACGAAUGAUUAUAGUUAUUCCUGGCAUGACCAAAGAUGGUGAACGAGUCCCCAUACGACCACGUAGUGACAAUAAUGGCCUCCUCAUGAGACAUCAAAACAGAAAUAUGGAAAACUUGAUAGAGCUGCGCAAUAAGACGCCAGUGUGGAAUGAAGAUACGGCGUCACAUGUGUUAAACUUCAACGGCAGAGUCACACAGGCCUCCAUCAAAAACUUCCAGAUUGUGCAUAACAAAGACCUGGACUACAUUGUGAUGCAGUUCGGGAGAGUUGCAGACGAUGCUUUCACUUUGGACUACAGGUAUCCUCUGUGUGCCGUACAAGCCUUUGCCAUCGCCCUCUCCAGCUUUGAUGGCAAAAUCGCCUGCGAGUAACAGUGUCAAGUUUCCUGCUGGUGUCUUUCUGUGAUGUUGU